AUGCGGCGGGAGCUGCUGCUGCCCCUGGUGGGGGCGGCUGUCCAGGAUCUCCGGUACCAGAUAACCCAUCCCGUGUCCCUGUCGGCGCCGGCCGGGGGCUCCGUCACCCUGCCCUGCUCCUUCACCUACCCCCGCGAGAUCGAGCCGCUGCGGGAUGUCUGGGUUUACUGGACGGGGGGAUUCUAUGGCAAGUUUAUCUACAAUCACCCCGAGGGGUUCACCCACCCAGAUUACGGGGGCCGCAUUGUCCUGGUCGGGGACCCGCAGGGGAACCGAACGGCCUCGAUCCGCAUCGACCGGCUGCGGGAGUCGGACGCCAGCGAGUACGUCUGCCACGUCAGGGUGCAGAAGAACGACGGCACAUGGGAGCAAUGGCGCCGUCACGUUGGGACCCACCUCACGGUGACAGCAGCUCGGCAUCAGCCCCUUGCAUUUGACACCACCACGUCGGAGGAGAGUG